CUGGAUUAUCCGCUGAGCGCGAGCUGACAUGGUGACAGACACAACUUUGGCAGAUAUCAGACCCUCGUGAAAUCCUGGGAUUUUAUGUUUUGGGUGACCUAGUGGCUCCAGCUGUAAUGUAACAAACACCCAUUGACUGAUGCCUCUUGGCCACAAUGUCAUGGUCCAUUUUAAUCCUCCUUACAGUGGUGGCCAUGCAGAUUUGCAUAGGUGAAAAACCCUGUGUCAUCUGGUCCACUGCAGGGUCUGUGAUUCAGCGGGGUCGCAGUUUUCAAGUGUUUUGUGUUUUCAAGAACACUUGUGAGUUCCACAUGGAAGACUCGCCUUCCACUGAGCAGGAGCCCAUCCUCUUCAAUUCUACAACUUUGUACCUUAAUGUGUCGAACAUAGCAAAGGACAAAACGUACUGCUGCGAGUGUAAAAACCAUCCUGCACUGGACCCCUGUGGACUGGACAUCUCAACAGGAGACCCACCAGAUCCUCCCAAAAAUGUGUCGUGCAUCUACAAAAUUGAUAGAAAUCAAAGUGAAGUUUUUUGUUCCUGGGACAGAGGACGUGAAACCAAUCUGAAAACCGACUCUGAUCUGUGGGUAACAACUUUACCUGGAGAUAAGUCACAUGGACCUAGGUCGUACACAGCUGAUGGAUCGGCCAGUUUCAAUGUGUCCAAAUCUGUGCAGAAUAUCUCAGUGUGGGUUCAAGCCAAAAAUAAACUGGCCACUGUGAAUUCCCGCAUCUUUAACUACACCCUCAGUGACAUUGCUAAGCCAUCCACUCCUGUUCUUGGCCAGCCUGAGUGCCUUUCCCAGACAUGCAACAUCAGAGUGGAGCAGUCUAUGAGAACUGAGCACCUGGAGAUCCAGUACAAAGCCGACCAGGAGACAUGGGAGACUCUUCAAACAAACUCAGACAUGCAGAUGGACUCCUCAGUCUGGUCCAUCGGCGCUCUGGAGCCGUUCAGAUUGUACCAUUUCAAAGCUCGGUCCAAAUUCAGCACUGGGCUGUGGAGCGACUGGAGCACGAUCACUUCCAGCUGGACUGAAGAAGAGGCCCCGGCUAAAGAGUUGGAUGUGUGGUUCACCGAAUCUGAGUCUGACACUCAAUCCAUGAGAGUUUAUUGGAAGGAGGCGAAUAUUUCCAUCUCCAGAGGGAAGAUCGUAGAGUAUAUAGUUGGAGUCGACCGGAGCAACACCAGUCUCAGUGCAGAUGUCAAGAAUUAUUCGAUCUCGCACUGUGCCAAGUGUGAAGUGACUAUUUGGGCGCGCAACUCCAAAGGCCUGUCCCCUCCUGCCAAAAUAAAGACCCGACGCACAACAGGUAACCCCCCUCAAGGUGUGCGUGUAACACAAAGCAACAACAGUGUCUCCAUCUUCUGGAGGACGCCUGAAACUGCAGCGUCACCCAGUGGCUAUGUGGUGGAGUGGUAUCCACAGGGCCACAGGCUGGAGGAGCUCAGAUGGCUCCGACUGGGCAGCAGUAACCACCAUGCUGUCAUUUCAGAUAUGAAGCCGUUGGAGUGCUAUGAGGGAGCCGUGUAUGAUUUACAACAGGACCGCUCGGGGAGUGGUACCAAAUUCACAGCAGUUGCCAUUUCAGAAUCAGUUCCAGCAUCUGGUCCGGUGAUCCAAGACAAGGUUGAUGGAAACGAGGUGAAGCUCACCUGGACAGAGCUUCCCAGGAGUGAGCGUCGUGGCUGCAUCACCAACUACACCUUCUAUUUAAAGAACGACAGUGGAAACCUGAGGAAGUUCUCUGAGGCUGCAUCGAAAAGGACACACAUAAUCAGCGGCCUGUCUCCAGGUGUAUACACCCUGUGGAUGAGCGCCUCGACUGCAAAAGGAGAAGGGCCCAACAGCACAAAAGUCAAGUUCUUCAUUCAGCAGGAGACCCCCCUGUCCUCUCUGCUGGUGUGUAUAGUUGCCUCCGCCGUUGUCCUGCUGCUUCUGUGUUUAUGCCAGAGUUCAUCAGUAAAGCAAAGGUUCUGGGAGAUUUUUCAGUGCAUCAUGCUCGAUGUCGUGCCAGAUCCUGCAAACAGCAAAUGGGCAAAAGAGUGUUCCCAAGAAAAGGGUAAAAUUAACCUGCAGCUCCAGCUCAGUAACGCCACUGAAACCGAGGAGGAGGAGGAGGAGCCCAUCCUUGUGGACGUGGAGGAGCUGCCCAGGCAGAGCGAUGACACUUCUGCGCUGAAACUCAUCUCCUCCCAGCCCCCUCCUGAGACCAGCCUGAAGCAGGACGCAGAGCCCACCACGCUGCCCUACCCUCUGACCACCUACAUCAAGAGCCUCUCCCACGACUCGGACAGCUCGGACCAGACACACACCUCCAUGGACACCAACACAACCGUCGACUACAUCUCUUCACAUGGCCCAGAAAUCCUGGACGAGGACGGCGAAGAUGAGGAGAGGGAGGAAGAGUUUGCCGACGUGAAUUUUUUCCCCUGCCAGAACAUUUUCAUGGAGCCACUGGAGUUCGGAGGGAAGUUGACUCUGGAUGCAGUUAAAAUCGACUGUAGUAACUUCUUUCAAAACUGUGACGGCUGAAACCCGAGCCUUUCUGCAAAACAAAUCCCGAUUUUUCCAUGAACAACACCGAAUUGCUGAGACCUGACACUGCGACAGCAGGCGGUGACCGGAUCACGCUUUUAAAGACACAGUUAGAGACUGAAAGUCCUUUAUUUGUCCCACAGGGGGAAAUUGCAGAUGAUGUGCAUGAAUGAACUACCGCUCUACUCACUGAAACCAGGAUGGAUAUACAGCCGCUUUCUUGCAAAAGUUUCAGCUUCAUUUCAGACCUGAAGUUUACUUUUUCAUUUUAUGCAUUACAAGUGUUUUCAUCUUUGAACACACUAACGGCACAACUGAAAUAAUCACAGCACGAGGUUAAAUUAUGUAUUUAAUGAAGGCUUCGUUAUUUGGUGGUAUUCUCAAAUGGGAUUUCCACUGCAAACAUGUAGACUGAUGUAUCUAAUUGAAUGUUGCUUGGAAAUCUUUCAUUUUAUUGUUUGUACUUAAAUUACUUACAUUUUACUUAACUUUCUUUGAUGUAUCUUUGCUGUAUAAAUGUUCAAUUCUGAGUCAAAUCUGCAACAAAAAUGCUGAAGUCAACUCAGAAUCAUGUGGACUCUUGCUGAGAGCUGAGGCUCUAAUAUUCCCAGUUUUAUUGUUUCCCAAAGAGCACAUGUUAAUUCUAUUUUUCAUUUUGACAAGAUAGUACAAGACAUUAUUAUUAAGGUUGCCAUCCUUGGAAAAAUACAUUUUGAGUUUUAUUUCCAAAGCACCAGUAACAACAGCACAGUCCUCUCAAGGUACUUUUACACAGAAAAGCUCAACGACUCCAGCAUGAAGCCCGUCUUCAUUCAUGGUAAAAACAACUUGCCUAUUUAGGAUAAAAUUGAAUUAAAAAAUGUUUCCCUCUGUCAACAAUCUAUGACCAGUAGACUUUUCUACUAAUGCUUCACCGUGUUGCCUCACUGAUCACAGCAGUUGUGUCUGAACAGCAAGGACAAAGCUAAACGUUUUUAUUUGUAACAUUUUACAUUUGGGUGAAGCUUGUUUUGCUCGACCUGCUUUUCUGCAAGAAGCAAGUUGCUGAUAAAAUCAGGAGCAUGCUCACAGCAUGCUCGACCUACAAGGAGGAGUGGUCCUGAGGGCUAAUUUCAAAAGUUAUCUGAACCUUUUUGGACAGGACAGGACAUGAGAGUGGUUUUCAGAGUGUGGGUUUGUCCUAACGAACCUCUGGGCUGCUACAGAGUUUCAGAGAAGCACAGCAACAAUAAUGUGGAACGGGUCAAAGGGAUGUUGUUUCCUUGGAUUUCUUUCAUUCUUUAUCAAAUGAAAAUCUACCAUGAGAAAAGUUAUACUUUUUGAUGCCCAUGGAUCCAAUCAGCCACCACACAAUAAUAUGUAAUGUCAUUGCUUCUGAAAACAUUCAGUAUUAGCUGUUAUAAAGUCAGAAGUCAGGGGUCACUGAUGUGUUUGGACUCAUGCCCUGAGGUCCACGAAUAUUUGUAUAAAAAGUAAUCUAUUGUAUUGCAUUUAAGACAUUUUACAGAAUUUUACACCUUGCCUUUGUUUUUUUCUUUAUCAAAAUCAGUGCAACUGUUGUAGAAAUUUGCUUUCAUUUGUUUGCCAUUCAAAUUCUUUGAUUUUCACUUUUUAAAUGAAUGUUAAUAAAUUAUUUCAU